UUUUUUUCCUGUUUUGUUUUGUUUUGUUUUUGUUUGGAUGGGUUUUGAUUAUGGCGUCCAUGACCAAUUCUUCGCCGUCGAAACCUGUUGAAUGUCGCUCUUUUGUGUGAUUUUUAUGCAUUUUUCAGUUUAUUUGACCCUUGUUCCUUUGCUCCAUCCAGAUGGGAACUGAUCAUGAGUUUCUUCCAUUAUGUGAUGUGCUAUUCAACAUCAUUUCACUUGCGGGCUACUUCUGUGAUGUUGUGUUUGAUCUGGUUAUGAGCUAUGCUCUAUACCGUCGCGAUGAAGUGCGCUGGUUUGCCUUCACUUUAUCCUUUAUUCUUAUUUCAUUGAUUGUUAGCCAGAUUGUUUCUGUCAGAUGGUAUCUGCGGGCUUCAUGGCGAAAUGGUCUUUUAGAGAAAGGGGAUGUCAGCACAUCAACUGCAGAAUCAAGUAUUCUUUCAGAGGGACAUACAAUAAUUAGAUAUCUGGUUGUUACUCUUCACUUUCUGCAAUGUGGAGUUUUAUGGCGGUAUUUUAAAUUAUUUAUUCCAGUUGACUUACGUUUUGUCAAGCAUGAGGUUCGAGAGUUAUGCCUGCUUAGGCUCAUACAUGCAUUUGUGGAAGCUGCGCCAAUGCUUCUGCUCCAACUUUAUUUACUUUGGCAGAGCAAUCAGCCUAAGGAGUUCUCAGACUUAAAUAUGGUCUCUACAAUUUUAUCCUUAUUUUCUGUUUGCUGGGCUCUUGCCUCAUUUAGUAAAAAUGUACGGCUGCACAACAUUCAUCGACUAGUGCUCACUUGGCUGGGUGUUAUAUUUCAAUUUUUCUGGAGACUCGGCACGGUUUGGUCGAGAAUGACUGCUUUAGCAAUCUAUGCCACUCUGUAUGGCUAUUGGGUUCUUGUGGUCAUCGCUCUCCAUUGGAUUUGUAUGUUUUUGUGGCUAAUUUCACCCAAACAUGCAUUCUAUGGAGAGCAGCUACCUCGCUCAAGAAAAUUGAUGUUCUCAGCACUUGUUGGCUUUAUCUAUGUGUUUGCCUUCAUAAAUUUGCAAGAGUCAAAUCAUAGACAGAAAAUGGCCAUUUUUUAUACCAUAAUGUUUUUGGAAAAUUCUCUGCUUGUGGCAGUUUGGUUAGUAGGGGUGUGGUCUGAUCCUCCCUGGUACAAAUCUACAGUUCCUUUACUAGUAUUUUCAACUUUCUUUGGAGGCCUCUCAUUCAUGGCUCUUUACUAUCGAUAUUUUCAUGUGCGUCGGCUUAAGUAUGAUGCUCCUAACUAUCAUAGUGGGACCAUGAAAUCAUGUGGAUCUUCGCAGGGGAAAGACAUGGAUCAAGCCUCCCAUAGGCACUUAAAUGGUACCAGUAAUACUCAAAGUGAACCAUCUGGCUCCAAAAAAAUGUACUCUAGAAGAAUUACAGGAGCGGGAGGCUUGCCUAUUCCAGGAGUCUUUAAUUGCAGAUUUGCUAAUGCCUCUGCAAGUUCAGCUGCAGCAGCAUUGAAAAGAAAGAAGAAGAAGCCCACUACAUUUGUACCACCUCCAUCUAUUGGAUCUGUGGGUGGAAGGGAUAGAGAGGAGGGUGGUGAAGAUGACCGAUGCCUAUUGCAGCCUGAUGCCAUACCUUUCUGGUGUAGGCCACUGUCUCGGCAAUUAAAUCAUCAAGGUGGAUCAAGUGAAAAUGAAGGUAGUUGUGCUCGAGCAGAUAUUCAACAGAAACUUCAAGAAAAAAAGCAGAAGCAGUUGGCUGAACUGAGGGUGAUUGAAGAAGAAAUUUUACAAGGGAAACUUCAGCGACGGGAUACGGCUGGACCUGCUCCUCAACCUGUAAGACAACCAGCUCCAUAUGCUAAGCGACACAGGGCUCACACUCCAGAAAUCUUGUUAGCCCCUCGCUUCUUACAUUUAUACAGAUUACCAGAGGCUGUAAAUGUGAGUAAUAACCAUAGUCAUGCAGUCUUGGCUAUGCCAUCAUCCUCAGACUGUGUGGACAGAUGCCCUAGCCCACUUGAUUGCUUACCUCAGAGGGUACAUCCUCAAAGAGCACCCUCAGACAUGGAAUCCCAAAUAUCAUUGCCUCGGUCAUACACUCUACCUCGACAGUUUAAAUACUAUCGACAGGGCAAAGCCAGAAAAAAUUUAAGAACUGAGCAUUUUGUUGCCUCAACUAAUUCAAGUGAUGGUGAUGUGGACUCAGGUGAUGAAAAUGAUUCUGGGGAUAGUUCUCCACAUGACAAUGAGACUCUACCUCAAAGACCAGUUCUACGGUUACGUCCACCACCAUUUCCCUUACGAGGCUAUCAAGGACCUCCAAAGCAUGAAACAAAGUUAUAAGUUAACUGAAUUAGUAUUUUUUUCAAUUCCAUUAGUUCUAGGAAAGAAGUUUCUUUAAAAAAUUCAAAUUUCAAUGGUGUUGGAAGUUUUUGCUAGAAGUUCCACAGCUGCAUGUGGGUAUAUUUUUUUACACUCUAAUCUAUUUCUGAUAGUGUAUUAAAUCUGUGAAACCUGUAACAACAAAUUUUAAGAAAUUCUGUAUGUGCAUUCUUACGUUAUGUACUUUAUGUUUUAUGUUUAUUGUUAAUUUGUUGAAAAGUUAUUUUGUAGUAGGUGCUAGUUUUAAAGUCUAUUAAAUAUUUUAUAACAUUGAUAUUCUAUACUUGGUCCAUUUGUCUAAGAAGAAAGGUUUUUAUCUCGAUGUAUUAGAAAAUACAACAACUAAUGGCUGUGAUAAUUUAGUAUUUGAUAUUAGAUCAUAAUAGGUAUUUGUAUAAUAGAUUAUCAAAUGUUCUACGUAUGUGGGAGUUGUGUUGUUACAAACUGACUUGCCACCAUUGCUCAAUAAAUUGUGAUGAUUGGCAGAAAGGUGUUCUGGAUGCCUAGGUGUCCCAACAGCGUAGGUGUGACUUAUUUUUUGAAAAAUAUGUUCUCUAUUUUUAUAGCUCUUUUCCAAUGUAAAGUCAAGUCCAUUUAAGAUUUUAACGGAAAUCAGGCAAGACUGAGGUGCGGUAUGCACUAUUUAAGACUAAUCUGCGCAUUCUCUCUCAUCAGUAUUUUCUUGCAAUGUUGUAACAUGUGCUUCUAUGUUUUAAUGAUGUAACUUAACCUGCAUUGUACAAUGCACAGAUUGUAAAAUACUAAUUAAAUAAAUAAAUUAUUUUGAAAGAAAAUUUAA